AUGAGAAAUGGUACAGUAACAACAUUCAUUCUGCUGGGACUCACAGAUGAUCCUGAGCUACAGGUGCUGAUUUUUAUCUUUCUAUUUAUCAACUACACACUGAGUAUAACUGGAAACCUAACGAUCGUCACACUCACAUUUGUGGAUUCCCAUCUUAAAACACCCAUGUACUUUUUCUUAAAAAAUUUCUCCUUCUUGGAGAUCUCACUCACAUCUUCUUGUAUCCCCAGAUACCUGUAUAGCAUAGCAACAGGUGACAAGGUCACUACUUAUAAUGCUUGUUUCAUCCAAGGGUUUAUCACCGACCUGUGUGGAAUAACAGAAUUCUAUCUGCUGGCUGCCAUGUCCUAUGACUGCUACGUGGCCAUCUGCAAACCUCUGCAUUAUGUGACCAUCAUGAGCAGCCAAGUCUGCAGGAUACUCAUCAUCUCUUCUUGGAUGGCUGGUCUCUGUAUUUUAAUCCCACCACUUAUCCUGGGUUUAAAUCUAAAAUUCUGUGACUCUAACAAGAUUGAUCAUUUUGGCUGUGAUGCAUUUCCCUUAGUGGAAAUCUCAUGUUCAGACACAUGGUUGAUGGAACACACCGUUAUAAUCUGUGCUCUGAAAUCAUUCCAAAAUUUUGAACAGAAUGUUAAGAAAUAA